UCGCCCCGCGGAGCCGCUCCCUGACGGCGUCGUCCCGCUGCAGGUGCGGCGAUGAAGAGCUGGGGCGUGCUCGGGGGGCUGGCGGCUGCCCUGGCCGCCGGUGUCUACGUGCUGUGGGGGCCCAUCGCCCAGAGGAAGAGGCGCCGGAGAGGGCUCGUACCUGGCCUCCUGAACUUAGGAAACACCUGUUUCAUGAACUCUUUGCUGCAAGGCUUAUCUUCAUGCCCGUCUUUCAUCAAGUGGCUGGAGGAAUUUACAGCGCAGUACAAGACAGAGCAGAACCAAUCCACCGAGCAUCAAUACUUGUCACUCACUUUGCUGCAUCUCCUCAGAGCUUUAUCCUGUCAAGAGGUAAUGGAAGAUGAUGUCCUGGAUGCCAGCUGCUUAUUAGAAGUGUUAAGAAUUUACAGGUGGCAGAUCUCAUCAUUUGAAGAGCAGGAUGCUCAUGAACUAUUUCACGUCCUUACCUCUUCAUUGGAAGAUGAACGGGAUCGACACCCACGUGUCACACAUUUGUUUGAUGUGCAUUCGCUGGAGCAGCCAGAAAUAACCCAAAAGCAAAUAAGCUGCAGAACAAGAGGGUCUCUUCCUCCUGUGUCAAAUCGCUGGAAGUCUCAGCAUCCUUUUCAUGGAAGGCUGACCAGCAACAUGGUUUGCAAACACUGUGAACACCAGAGUCCUGUGAGGUAUGAUACCUUCGACAGCCUCUCACUGAGUAUCCCAGCAGCUGUGUGGGGUCGUCCACUGACGCUGGAUCACUGCCUCCAUCAUUUCAUCUCCUCGGAAUCCGUGAAGGAUGUUGUGUGUGACAACUGCACAAAAAUUCAGGCAGCAGGGACUCUGAAUGGAGAGAGCAUAGAAAACCAGAGAACAACAUUUGUUAAGCAAUUAAAGUUAGGGAAGCUCCCUCAGUGUUUAUGUAUCCAUCUGCAAAGACUGAGCUGGUCAAACCAAGGCACACCCCUGAAACGUCACGAACAUGUACAGUUCAAUGAGUUUCUGAUCAUGGACAUCUACAAAUACCACGUUCCUGUUCAUAAAUUAAGCCAGAAUGAUCCGAACCAGAAAAACUCUGAAGAGACAAAGCCUGGAACAAAGGAUGGGGUAGCAGUAAAACCUUCAGAUGCAGAACAGACACAUGGUACUAAAUCGCUCAUUAUGAAUGGUGCCUGCUCCACUUCAUUUUUAAUGUCCUCGGGAACUUUUCCGCUCGCUGCAUUCCCUGAGUGCAGUUCCCCUGUAUACCUUUACCGUCUGAUGGCAGUCGUAGUUCAUCAUGGAGACAUGCAUUCUGGACACUUUGUGACUUACCGCCGCUCUCCACCCUCUUCAAGAAACCCGCUCUCUGUCAGCAGUCAGUGGUUAUGGAUUUCAGAUGACACAGUUCGCAAAGCCAGUUUGCAGGAAGUCCUUUCUUCUAGCGCGUACUUGCUUUUUUAUGAGCGUGUUCACUCGAAGGUACAGCACCAACGUUUGGAGCUGAGGGCUGAAGAAUGAUUGAGAGCUGAAGGAGGACAAAAACUGCGAAAAUUCUUCCGAGAUCCUCGUUGCACCUCCUGUCUGUUAUGCAAAUAAUCCACCGCAGGCCCUUUAACUUUCCCCUCCCUCUAUGGCAAUGGCUCCUGUGGGAGUUGUUUUGUACCAAAAUGAUGCUACCCAAAGUUGGUCUGCUAACGUUGUGCAGUCCAAAACGUAUUUGUAUUACAGAAGCAUUUAUUCUGUUAGGUAGUAAUUUUGUCAACAUCACAGCUCUAAACCAGACAUUUCAAGCAGACUUCCCAGGGCCGUAUUCCCUAUCCUGACAUGUACAUUUUCAAAGGGAGAUGCUUUUAAUCCUGUACAUUUCACUGCAGACAUUUCUAACAAGGGAGCCCCAGAAGCGGCUGAUGGGAAGCUACUGUUAUCAAAGGCAAUGACUUGAGAAACAAAGUGCCUUGAGCUUAUUUGAACAGUUAGGUUACCAUUGUCUGAGUCCACUGCAUGUCAGUUGUGUUCUGAUAAAUGUCUCAAGAUGAUGGGAUGAAUUAUGAACAAGAUUUCUUUUGGUAUCACAGCUAAUGAAUAAAACAAGGCAUCUCUACGUAAUAUGCACAAUCCAAAAACCUAUUUCCCUCUUCGCUGUUUUCCUAAGAUUUCAGUUCUUUAUGCAUCACAAAAAUACUUGAUUCAAACUGCAGGAGAAGAGAUCAAAUUCUUGUAUCAAAGAAGAGCUGACGCCUUGAUUUGUUGCCCUGUAUCUGUGCUCUAUAGGUGAAAUUAAGACAUGGAAGCUUUUGUUAGCAAUCGGUAUUGUAAUUUCCUUGGUCACUAUGAAACUGUGAAUGCUGUUGCUUGUAGUAUGGACUACAACUUUUAAUGCCGUUACUUUGAAGCUACUGUAAUCGGUGUUCUAGCUGCCCCCUUCCUAUUUGAAUGUUGCAAACCAUCAUUUUCCAUCAACAUUCAGAUACACCUUGUCAGGCUUGCAGCUGAGCAUUAGGGCUUAUGCUGGUUGUGACUGUGAGCUAAGAUAAGUAGCAGCCCGAGCAUCCUCGUUAGAGUAUCUGCAAAUGAAUCAGGACUGAUGGGCGCUUGUCUGGCAAAGUAGUCAGAAAAGGCUGUCACUGCGUUAGAUGUACGUAGAGAGACCUGCAAAGUACAUAGAAGUUGUACUUUGCUGCUCUGGAUUGAUGUGUUUAAAGAAAAAAUGCCCAAACAAAGCAGGAAAGGAGAAACAAAAUCUAUUUUUGACUUUUUACAUUAUCGGGAAUGAAGUAUGCAGGCUGGUUUUAGCUCUUUUCUAUCCUUGUAGCUUGGAGGAAAAAAAAACAAUCUCAGACUAGAUUUCUCAGUGUAUUGCAGCAACUAAGUUUUAAAAUGGUACCAACUGUCUUAGUAGUUUUUUUUUAAGGCAACUUUCAACUUCAUGUAUUGGUAUCACUGCGUGAAGCUCACAGGCAGUCAAUUUCCUCAAUGGGAAGCUCAAAACCAGCUAAAAUAGGAGUGGUAAUAGAUGUACAUGAAAAAAGAUUGCCUACAGUCACGUUGUUCCGGAGUAUGGAUCACAACUCCUCCAGGUAACGUUCGUAGUACAUAAAGCGCUCUAAUUCCACAAACGUACUAAUCAGAAGAAGCCUCCCUGUCUAGGCUAGGGCACCAGCAGUAGCAUGGUUUUAACUUUUUUAAGUUAAGGGAAAAAAAAAAAAAAAAGAUGCAAAAUGCCAAAAAUGUCCUGAACUAAGAUCUAACAGACUUGGGGACGCUAAGAGGGGAGAGACCCCUCCGUUCUGGGCAGCACGGGUGCGUGGUAGGAAUUCUGUAAAGCGGUGCUGGGGAUCACCUAAGGGAAAACAUCCUGCAGAGCUCCAGGUCUACAAUUUGUACCUCAAACAUUUCCACUGCCAGUAGCGUAUAUUCUGCAGUAUCUAUUUUCAUUGGGUUUGAUUAAGGGUUUUAAAUUCUGAAUUUUAAGUUCAUUCGUUUAGAAAGCAGCAAUGCUGGAGGUGAGUCAGAACAUACGCACACAAUGGACUAACAGUCUUAACCUCAUCAGCGUGGCAUAAAGAACAGUGACAUAAAGCCACGCAGUACUGCAAACUUGCACCUUUAAUGUCUUUUUUUGCAAAGAGCUGCUUUCUAGCAGGGACUAGUUUGAGUAUGGAAGCUGUGUGACAUUAAUAAACUGCUCGCUUUCACUCAGCUGCAGACCUACUCUGAAAGCUUCCUCAAGGGCUGUAGAGAUGAGGGUUGAAUAGUCAGCGUCUGUUCUGGUUUUCACUGUUGGGAAGGAGCAGGCAGCCUUGGCUUAGCUCAAUCAGGAAGGUGGCAAGUGUCGGCACCUCAGUCCUGGUCCUGUGCUGUGCUGGAUACUCUCAGCCUGCUGGGAGCAUCAGAAACCUUUGCAGAUGUUGGCACCCUGGCCUUCACCUUUCAAAGGCAGUGGGCUCUGUGCAGGCACCUGAGCAUCCUCCAAUAUUGUUGCGUUACUCACAAGCUUUUGGUGGAAAGGGUGUUAAGAAAACGUGGGUUACAAAGCAUCAGAUAAGGCCCUCCAGGCGACAUCUUUGUGUUUUGGUUUCUUCUUAUUUUGUGUAUUAUUUAAAAGUAUAUGAUAUUAGAGUCGAACCACUGCACUGCUGUUGGAAGUUGCGUUUUCACUUCAGGGUAUUUUUGUAACUGUACAGUAGCAAUAAAUGAACAAACUUAAUAGAAACA